GCGAAAACAAAUUUACCUUCAGGUGGCGAGGCGGUUGGGAGCGUGGGUCAACAUUCGGAAACUGCAACGAAAUCAUCAGCAGUAACGGAAAGUGGCUGCGGUUCUGGAAUAGGCAGUCAGGCGGUAGAAAAAUUUGACACCAGCACACUUGCGAAUAUGAUAAUGCUUCCGGUUCCGGCUGCAGGCUCGCUGGCGGUCGGAGCAAAUAGUUUCGGGCCAAUGAAUUCGAAUCCAUUGACAUUAUUACCAUUGAACCAUGGGACGACGGCGGCGAGCGAAUCCCCAACACAACAACAAGUCGUCGUGGGGUCGUCGUUACAAGCGACAGCUCAAAAGCAGUUUUUACUCGACAGAGACAGUCUCCAUUUCAAGAAGCAACUCCAGCAAGCGGCGCCGGAUGGGUGCGGGUCUAGCCUGAAUGCGAGCACUUCCGUUCCUCCACCACCUUCUGAAGGAGGAACCGGACGAACGAACACAAAGUCAAAGGGUAGCUCACCUUCCGGUGACAACACAAGUACUACAAAUACUGCCUUUGGUGAGCAGGUUCAACAAGCGCAAACUGCGCUUCUAC